UCAAAUAAGCGCCAACUUCUUUAAUCGAGUAGAUUACAGUGGCAUCGCCCAGAAUCAUUUAGUACACCACAAAUAUAGGUGCUGUGUGUUGACGCUAUGAUGCGUGGGGCCGGAAUAUUUUUAAUUUUGCUCUACUUUACAGGGACUUUAGAGCAGACCAUAUACGAUGCCAACAACUUCUAUAAACCAAUGACCGAGGACUACGACGUGAAACUUAAUGGUCAAGUCUUCCUACCACCCUGCAUGAAACAACUUAUGAAUUGCUGGGAACUUGUGAACGCCGAGCUCGUCUGCAAGUAUACCAGAAUUUACAAGCAGGCCCUCGAGAGCAUGUGCAUGGACUUACGAUUGCAAUGCACGGAGUUCACGGGGCCUUUACCGUUUGAAACGCUUAACGUGUCAAAUUGGAACUACUGCCCUCUGACAAGAGAAGAGCUAUCGAAAGUAGACUUCCGACCGAAUAUAUUUCCGGAGAGCAAUAAUUAAUCCUUAAAUUAGAAAUGAUCGUUGAUAGUAUCAUUAUCUAUCAUCAUCAUCGGCAAGAUCAUCGUGCGAGCUACCACAUGAACGCCUGUAGAUACUGUACAACGCAACCACCCGGCGAUUCCCUUUGAUGCGUGCCCAAAAAACCGAAAACUCACGGAUCGCAGGCGAUGAUAGACGAUGACUGGCGGGGACUGCCGAGUAUGCCCUCUACACUAUCGUGACCGCCAGUCAUCGUCUUUCAUCGCCGAUAACAUUUAUAGUCAGACCAAGAUAACUCUGCACCGAUUUCAACAGCACAGACGUGCAAUGAUGAUUUUUAAAUAACAGUGAGACGUCUGUGCUAUAAAAUCGCUGCAGAGUUAUCUUGGUCAGACUCUAGUAGCUUAAGCUGGCCUGUCUUUUCAGCUUAUAGUUCGGCAGACAGCUACAUAUUACUAAACCGUUAUAAGUACAACACUUCUGUGUUACUUGGGUUACUUACUUACUAAAAUAUUAGGUAUGUAAGUAGUUGUAUGUGUAUUAUACCUAUAAUAAAUAUAAUAACCUUAUAAAAAUGAUACCGUUUUCCUAACAACUGUUUAGGUAUAUAUAAUGGAAAGGA